AUGGAAGCACUUACCCAAGAAGUUCGCAGACUGGUCGAAGCUGGUGAUGAGAAAACUCGCAAAGAUGUCUUGGAUGCCCUGCAUAAGCUGAGUGUCUCAAUUGAGUCUCCGGACGACACUGUGCAACGACUUACAUUCUAUAACAUGCAACUGGCCGGGAUUCGUAUCGGUAUUGACCUGAAGCUCUUCGAGCUAUUGCUUGAGGGUCCCCUUACUGUGGAUGAGCUGAGCCAGAAGACGGGAGCCAAUCAGGUCUUCCUUGCUCGUAUACUGCGCUAUUUGGCAUCUUAUUAUGCAGUCGAGGAGGUAUCCAAAGAUACCUUCACUGCAUCAAAUAUAUCUCGGACGUUUGCCGUAUCUGGCCAUCAAGCUGCGGUUGGACAUAUGUGGAACAACUGCGGUCAGAUAAUCCAGAUACUUCCCAGUUGGCUCAAGGAAAACAACUAUCCUGACAUUCAGGACAAUGUCAAAACUCCUUUUCAAAAAGCCCUCAACACCGACGUACCAGCUUUCAUCUAUAUGCAGCAGAAUCCCGAGGCCCUAGGCUAUUUUGUGGAGCACAUGAUGUCUAACCGCGCCGGUAUGCCUACUUUCCUAGACGCCUACCCAGUCUUGGAGAAGGCGACUGGUCUGAGCCCUGAAAGAGCCCUAUUCGUUGAUAUUGGGGGUGGCUUGGGACACCAAGCAAUUGGCUUCAGGCAGCGCUACCCCCAGCUCGAGGGCCGAGUGAUCGUCCAGGACCUUUCCCAGACCUUAGCUCACGCCAUUGACUUCCCUGGGGUGGAGAAGCAGACGUAUGACUUUUUUACGCCCCAGGUUGUGAAAGGUACAGUCUAUUCCCUGUCUCAGUUGCCCUUUUGA